GAUCACAAAUACGGAAGCACUUGCUAGUAAUGUGCCAAUAGCUGUGUAGAGCAUAGUUGUGCAUUAUAAGUUUACUGGCAGUAGAUAUCAAGACGCUCACUGUGCUCCACAAAGGCGCAUGAUCUUGAUGAAAAGCCAGUGGUUCCAGAAUAUGUGGUUUAUGCAGCUAGCUAUGUCAUAGUGUUUUCCAAGUCCAGUUACUUAAACCAUCUCGUGCAUGUGAAUAGUAUGUGUGUUAAACAGAGCCAAACAUAAUGCAUUAGCUUGCUAGUUUAAACUCAGCUAGUUUAAUUCUAAUGCAUGACGAUUCGGAUAAUCAGGCGGAGGACAUCUGGGCUCGCUUGAAGCCGAAGGAGCCACUACCUUCCCAGUGCUGCGGCAGUGGCUGUAAUCCUUGUAUUUUUGACACUUACCAAAAAGACUUUGAGAAAUGGACUCGGGCUAAAGCGAGGGGGGACCCCUCCCUUAUAACAGGAAACAGCCAGCAGAAAAAACAGCUCGUUACCCUGAGCCCGGAUUCAUUCAGUGCAUUUCAGCUGGAGUCCAUUGAAGUUUUAACGGAAGAUACGAAUCUCUAUAAAUUCAAGCUGCCAACUGGUGGCGGUCUAGCGCUAGGAUUGGGACAGCACCUGGUGCUGAGGGGUGUUGUCGAUGGUCUAGAGCUUCAGAGAGCUUAUACUCCUGUCAGUCCAGUCAAUUCAGCUGGAUACUGUGAAUUUCUUAUCAAGCUCUACAAAGAUGGCCUCAUGUCCCAGUACAUCAGGACCUGGAAACCAGGAGAUUUUAUAGAGUGGAGGGGGCCAUUUGGAGGUUUUCCCUAUAAGUCGGACAAGUAUAGACAGCUUCUGCUGAUUGCUUCUGGCACUGGGAUUGCGCCCAUGGUCCCUCUGCUACAGGCCAUCACUGACGAUGAGGAGGACGAAACCUUCGUCAAACUGGUCUGCUGCUUCAGAAACUACAAAUGUGUCUACAUGAAAGACUUCCUUCAGGAGCAGUCUCACUUUUGGAAUGUCACUACAUAUUUUGUGCUCAGUGAGGAGGAGAGCCCGGAACACCUGCCCUGGAGUUAUCGCGACAAAACCCACCUGGGCCGCCUGGAUUUUGAGCUGGUGGACACUUUGGUGAAGUCUUGUCAUAAACCGCCUUUUGCCGUCAUUUGUGGCUCGGUAGAAUUUAAUAAUGACGUGUUCAAUCUGCUAAGAAGAGCUGGACUUGAUGAAGACUCCUGUUUUAGGUUUUAGUCAUGCAAUCUGAAUAUUUCGCAUUUGGAAGUAGGGGAGGGUGACCCUGCACAACCAAGAGACUACAGACUGUGCACAUGCACAUGCUGGAAAAAUGCAAACAUACCCAAAAUGCCAUAACAUGCCAGUUUAAAAUGACUUAAUCAUGGAUCUAUGAGCUGCAAUGCCUACUGGGUUGUGUUUUUGUUAAAAUCAGCAACCAUUGUAAGCCUAAUAAACCAAGUGAGGUAAGCCGUGUACUUAUGUGUACUUAACUGCUUUAAGCUAUCAAGUAACUCAGGGGUGGCCAACCCAGGUCCUGGAGAGCCGCAGGAUUUGCUGGUUCUUGUUUUUACCCGACGCUUAAUUGAUUAGUUGAAGCCAUCGAUUACACCGUUAAUUCACUUAACCUGGUUUCUUUGGUCUAAGUGGUUGUUGUACUUAAGGUGAAAACAAAAACCAGCAGACCAUGCGGCUCCCAAGGACCAGGGUUAGCCACCCCUGAAGUAAUUGCUGAAUUAACAAAGAAAUACAGCAUACCUGUCUUCCCAGGCUGUGGAUAGCCAGGACUAUGAUUGGUGAACAUAUGGUAUCUCUUUUUUUUACUUUUAAUGCAAUGGACAUAAUUGUGCUGUUAGCACAUAAAUGUCAGUCUUCCAAUUGAAUGGUGCAAGUCCGCUGUUGGGCUUUAUCGAAGCAAAUGCCAUUUCUAUAGAAGCUUGUAUCUUGUGCUCAGCAUUACUUUACACCUGUUAGCCUUAAAAUCAGGUGCAGGAGUACAGAGCUCUAUGCAGAUGGUAUCUAGGAGGACAGUGAAAUGUGAAAUGUGCCGUGGACCAUAAAAAUAAUGAUUGCUGUGUGGUGUAUAAUUCA